AUGAGGUGGGGGAGCGGUUAUUGGCGGAGAGAUGGCAGGCGGCGGAGGGUGCCGCGGGGAAGACUGGAGGAGUUGGGGGGAGGGGAGACGUGUAUUGGCGACGAAGCAGUAUCGCAGAUGCGCAUCAGUGGAAUGACGAGAAGAGAGCCGGACGGCCUUUUGGAAAACGGAGCUUAUCACGGGACAGACAAUAACGAGUACGGGGACGGGCAGGGCAUUCGCUUCUUUUGCAUCUACUUCCCCUCCGACCCGCCCCUCCCCACUGCCCCUUCCCUCUCCCUGCCCCUACCCCCUGCCUUUCCUCCUCCCCUGGCCCUUUUUCCUGUCCGUUCCUCAUGUCCCUUCCCCUUUCCCCUCCCCUUGGCCCCCCACCUUGUGCCUUUCCUCUGCCCCUCCACCCCCCUUUUCCCCCGUCUCUUUACCCUUGCCCUUCCCCUGCUCUCCUUUGCCCCUCCCCUUUAUCCCUCUCCUUUGCCCCUACCUUUUGCCCUUUCCCUUUGCCCCUUCCCUUUGCUCCUUCCCUUUGCCCCUCCCACUCCGCCUCUCCCUCCUGUCCCUCCCACAUGCCCCUUCUCAUUUCCCCGUCCCCCUGUCUCCCCCUUACCCACCCCUUGCCCCUUCCCAUUGCACCUUUCCUUUGCCCAUUUGCCCUUCCCCCGCCUCCCUGCGCCUCGACAUGCGCCCCUCCCCCCUGAUCCUUCCCCCUGCCCCUCCCUUGCUGCUUACCCUGACCCUUCCCCCUUGCCCCGUCCCCCUGCCCCUCAACCUGCGCCGCUCCCCGCUGCUCCUUUCCCCCCCGAAUACCCUGGCGUGCUGCCUCUGAACCCUCUGUCCGCGUUAAGAGCAUCCCCUUUACAGGUCGGCUUCCUCUCGUCCACAUACGGCACUGUGCAACUCCUUACCCGGCCAUUCUUCGUGUCACGAUCAUGGUCGUCCCAUCCCUUCACACACGAUGGAAUCACCAAGCACAACACGAAUGCAGUCAAGUCGUGUGUGACCGAUCACACCACUCCCACCAACACAACCAAGGAGGUCUCAGGUGAUAUGCAGGUCACAAGCGAUCCAGCCAUGGCGGCAGUCAGAGCGCUCGUCCUCGCGUGCGUGCUCCUCCUCGUGUCGACGUCCGCCUUGGCGCAGCGUGGUCCGCCUGGCGGAGGUCCUCCCGGCGGUCAGCGCGGAGGUCCUGGCGCCGGUUCCGGCGGUCCCGGCGGUCGCGACGGUCCUGGCGGGCCUGGCGGGCCUGGCGGACCGCACGGGCCUCCGCUAAACCUAACGGCCGUCGGGAAUCUGACGGCCGAUAUCGGCGCGCAACUGGCCAACUGCGCCGUGGAUCAGAAGACCCUUAACGGCAGCUUCCACCUCGCCGUCUUCAAGAACUCUACCGGCAAUUACAAUCUGCUCGUCGAGGCGAUGCUGGUGGACGCGGCGGGCGGUCCGCCCGACUCUCUGGCGAUCGUGAAGGGCGCCGUGUGCGACGCCGCCGCGACGGACGUGCUCGCGCUGCCGCUCGCCGCGGCGGACUGGCAGCAGCGCGCGGGGUGGUGGCUGCUGCACGCGGAGGCGCGCCUCGACGCAUUCCUCGAGAACGCGGACGCCGCCACCCUCGACGCGCUGCUCGCCGUGCUCCCCACCGCCUCGCCUCCGCCCACCAGCGGCGGCGGAGGCAGCACGGGGGGCGCGCGGAAGGGGCAGGGGGGGAGGCGCAUGGGGCGGGAGUUGCUGAUGCGCGCAUUCGGCCUCGCGGCCACGCAAGGGGGACAGAAGCAGGGGGGACAGAAGCAAGGGGGGCAGAAGCAGGGGGGGCAGCAGCAGGGGGGAGCGCAGCAGGCGCCUGCAGUGAGCGGGUAUGCUGUCCUGGCGGGCAGCAGCGCAGCAGGUGUGACGUGGGGCGGGCAGCUCAUGGGCGCCAAGAUGCCCGCCACUGCUGUUUAA